ACCAAUGAAAGAAACAACGAAAGUGUAGAUAAACGAAACAUACAUAUUACCUAAAGAAUGCCCCACUAACCUCCACUUUCAUCCCCCUUACCCCCUUAGCUGUAUGGCUGGCGUGGGGGAGUGGGGGCCAACAGCAGCAGCACCAACAGAACCACGGUGAAGCCCUCCAAGGACACCUAACACCCCACAGACUAGCACCUCCCUCCCAGGAAGCCUCUGUGAAGCCUCAUAUACCAAACAGGACCCAAGUGAAGCCUCAACCACGUUUCGAAUCUCCUCUGAACUAUCCAUCCCUGUCUAAAGCCUCCAUGAAGCUUGUGUCAUCUAUUGAAGCCUCUAUUAACCGCUUUAGAAGCUUUAGUGAGCCUUACCCAUUUGCCAGAACCAUUACGCCUCAACCCCUUCAACCUCCACCCACUCCUGCCUCCUUUCCUACCCCUUCCCCUCCCCCACCCAUUACCUCCACUUUACCACUGGCCAACAACCCCACCACAAACCUCCUACCUCAUUCUCCACGCCCAUUUAAUGAAGCUUCUCUAGCACCAAAUGAUUCGUUGAAUGAAGCUCCGAAGCCUUAUAUCCUGCCUAGUGAAGCCCUGAGCCCCAAUACAAGUGAAGCGAUUGAUGGUGCCUCGUUAGAAGCUCUCAGGGUCCUAUUAGCGUCCUAUGAAGCUCUAACGAGAUCAGUCCUUCUCAAAACCUUCAAUUCCCUUGCGCUCGUGUCACCUAAAGCUGCCUCGUCACCUGAUUCAAGUGGUCCCUCUUAUGUUAACUCCUUAAAGGCUGUAUCUGGUCCAAUGGGAGAGGAAAGAGCUAGUAAAGACACCAACCAGACUCCCACUUCACUAAAAGCUGUUUCGUCACCUAUUUCAAAUGAAGGCUCUUAUGUUAUGACCCCGAGGGCUUUAUCUGGGCCAAUGGGAAACGAAGAAACUAGUACAGACUCCAGCCAGAUUCACAUUCCACUAGAAGCUGUUUCGUCACCUCUUUUAAGUGAAGCCUCUUACGUCAGCUUCCCAAAGACUCUCUCUAGACCAUCGAGAAAGGAGGAAGCAAGUGAAGACUCCAGCCAGACUCCAACGCCUGUAGACCAUCCCCGUGAAACCUCUUAUCCCAGCUCACCAAAGGCUCUCUCUGGAUCAAAUAGAAACGAAGAAAAUAGUGAAGACUCCAGCCAGACUCCCACGCCUCUAGACCGUCUCCGUGAAGCCUCCUCGACCCCAACAACGGCCCUGGAAACGCUUAUGAACACGUCCGAGAUCAUUGAAGCAGCCCUACGAAACAGGACACUCCAAAAACCUUCACCAGUGCGUCUUCCAAAACGUGAAGCCUCUGUGAGACCUUCAGCGCCUAAUGAAGCCCUCACUAAGACGACCCAAUCCCCUGAAGCCACUUUAAGAACCCUAACCCUGCAGGAAAGUUCGCCAGAUCCUCGAAUGUUAACUAAAAGCUUCAAUAAACAUUACGAAGCCCAUAAGAGGAUCCAACCGUUGCCUGAAGCCUUAAUGCAGGCGCUCAAUCAGUCUAGAUCCUCUACGCCUCAAGUGCAUCAUGAAAGCCUAUGGAAACUUAGCAAGACCUCUGAACCACUGAUGAAGCUUGUCACAUACCCUCCUCCUCCUCCAGCAAGAGAGCUUCACACACGGACCACAUCCAGAACCACACCCUUACCAGCUCCCCUCCUAAGCUUCAUCACGGCUCGGCCUCUUAAUAAAGUCCAAUUGAACGACUCCACCACGUCUUUGAAGCCUCUUAGAUCCCAUGAUGACCCCACAAAGUUACGCACCCUGCAUGACACCUCCAUGACGCCAGACGGAGGUUUAGAACAGCCUUUGAGCACUUUAAACUCAUCCGGCCUCAUCAGUAGAGCUACGACUCGAAACGAAACGCUUACAAACACUCUCAAUGCUUCAGAAAUAUCAACGAGGCUUCACUUAACUAUCCAGUCCCCUUACUAUGACAACUCGCCACCACCAUCAUCACCACCGCCUCCAAGAACACCUUUCCUGAGCCCGACCAUGUCAUCAGAACUCCCGAAAAAGCCUCACUCGAUCCGCGAAGCACUUUUGAAGCCUCGAACUCAGAAUGAACCACUUAAUAAAACGACUCCAUCCCCCUUUGAAGCCUUAGAACCGACUACACUUGCAUCUGAAGCCACACUAACACUUCAUACAGAACCAGGAAAAAAGACAACGGUUCGAACACCAACUGAACCGCUGAAUGAAACCGUAAACGAACCUCCGCCACGGCGUGUAAGGCACCAGGAACCCUUUUGGGGGGAGGAGAAGUCGAGGGAAAAGGAAGGGAAGAAGAAAAGCAAGAAUGUGCCUUGGUAUAUGGACUCCGUGAGCAUCCCGUUGCCAGUCAUCAUCCUCAUCGGUGUCGUCUUCUGCCUCCUGAUGCUGGUGUUGUGUGCUAGCUAACACCAACACCUCCAGCACGACCACUACUAUUUACUCCUACUAUUGCUUCUAAUAUCACUCCACCAGCUACAUCCCGUCAUAACAAUCUACACCAAAACUUGCCCCAGCUACACUUUACAGUCCUUCUCCACCACCAUUACCACCACGUUCACCCACUUAAGACUCCCUGCCCACUCCCUUACACAAUCCUUUGCUCCGUCAACGACAUUACAACCCAGAGCCAUGGAAUAGAUACCUUCGUCACAGGCGCCAUGUUGUUACCAGAAUAGCCGCGCGAAAUUCAAAUUGAUGCUGAGACAUUUUUUCUUAUUGUUGUCUUUUUAGUGUGUGUGAUCCAGCUACUUCUUCGAGAUCUUGAACAUCCCUCGACCCCACUCUCACACACUAAAACCUAUUCUGUCAGCAUCAAUUUGAAUUUCUCACAGCUCUUUUUGGUAACUCUGAGGCGCCUGUUAUCUAGUUGGCCAAGCUUUUCUCUUCUAUGGCUCAGAUACAACCCACAGUCACCCCCCAAACAUAAUCUUACAUCACUACAACCAACAUGAUAAUCACCAACACGACCAGCUGCCUUUCUCUGUAAAAUGUAUCUCUUUUUUUCUAUCAUUAAUGUACUUCAAACCAUUAUUCAUUAAGCCAAUUUCUGUUACGUCUUAACAAAAAAUACCAUUGAGUCUCUGAAUAAAGUUUUGUUUUUCCUGUAAUUUUCGUAC